CUAAAUAAUCAGACUUAAAACGGAUAAGGCAGUUGAAGGAAAGACAUUACUUCGUUGGUUGAGCGAUUAUUAUUAGAAUGAUUUUUAGCUUGUUGUGUUUCUCUCUUUUUUUAAGUGCAUUGGUCGAAUCUUUUCCGACAAUAUGUCCUGAAGGGCAAGAACGAACUCAUGAUGGUCAUUGUGUAGAGCCAUUUCAUCUACGAAUUACACCAAAUAACAGGCGGAAUUCUGCUACUACUAAAGGAUGCCCAAAUGGAUGGUUAUUAUCACGUAAUGGAUCCUGUAUACAGGAAUUUAAUAAAGAUGUGAAUACCUCACCAAUUCCUGAUGUGGUGGUGACGACACCGUCGGAAUGGCAACGGAAAACAAACCUGAGUUGCAUACCACCUCGGCAGUUUAUGGAUCUUCCAACAGGAUGCGCAGAUGGAUAUGGACUAAGCCAUACUGGAGAUUGUAAAAAAAAAUUCAACAUAGGGUUCAAUAUUUCAUCACUUCCUGAAGUAACCGUCACGUUACCUCCUUGUCAACCGAAUCAAACGAACGUGACUCCACUUCCUACAUCCACACAUGGCUACAGAACUUUCGAUAGGACGACCAGACGCCCAUAUAUGAUUAAUCCAAUUGGCCAUACGAAAUCUACAAGUGCUCCAGUAAGAAGACAUAAUUGAGAGGAUCCAUUCUUAAUAAGAAGAAAAUUUCUGAAGUCUGUGGGUACCAUAACUGUAAAAAUAUAGCUAAUUUUGAAGCAAAAGUUGUUCAAUUAUGACUUGAUGAAUUUUUAUAUAUUUUUGUAUUUUGUUAGUCCUUGUACGUAAUCUUAUUUCUUUAAUUUAAAAAAAAAUGUAAAUGUAAUUUCUUGUCCACUCACAAAGACUGAAAGUUUGACCAAAAAUAAAAAGAAAAAUCCAAGGAAAUCUUAUAAAUCUGGUUCAUAGUAUAAAAAAAAUGGUUAAAAUGAGUUCAAUUGACUGAGAAUUGGUGCCAAAUUGUAGAUCAUUUAGUCAAAAAACGUGAAAAAUGGGUUUACAAUUUUCAUUUAUAUGCACCGAUUGUUAAUAUGGAUGCCUUCCAAAGAGAUGUUUUCUCUUGAUAAUUUUAGCAGAGGUUAAAGGGCGAGGUUGUAAGAACUUAAAUAAUCAGACUUAAAACUUGAUAAGCAGUUGAAUACAAAUCAUUACUUCGUUUGUUGUGCAGUUAUUAUUAUAAUGAUUUUUAAUUUAUUGUGUUUCUCCCUUUUUGUAUUUACAUUACCAUACAUUACUCUCGGAAGAGUAGUAUGUCCUAAAGGAGAAGUAAUUGGUAAUGAUGGACAGUGUAUAGAGCUAUAUCGCCUGUAUUUAAAUCUAACGGAUGGUCACAAUACCAGGCUCAGGCACGCUUUUGAUACUCCAAAAGGAUGCCCGUUUGGAGAGGAAUUAGGACAUGAUGGAACGUGUAAAAAACCGUUUAAGUUAAAAUUCAAUACUUCCGAAAUUCCUAACGAAACCGUGACGGCUUCUCCUUCACAACGGAAUCAGCAAAUGCAAUUGACUCCCAGUCCUAAAGAAAAUUCAGCUGAAGAGGAACAUAGCGUCAGACCUCUCUCUAGAACUCUUUACUACAUUAACAGUUAUGGACCUCCGUGUCAGUCGUCCUGUGGUAGUGUUCAAUGCACUUCUUGUUGCCAGUAUUUACCAUGCUACCAACAGUCCCAGUACCCAUCGUACUAUCCCUACGUGUACAACUACAACUACAACAGCAACAGUAACAACAGAAGAAUUGUUAAUUCUUACCGGUAUCCAGGAAGGUACUGGACGUUUUUAAGUCAGUAUGGGAACAUUCCUGUUGACAUCAUUGAUGACGUAGAUAUUGAUACACAGAAGGUGGGGAACUUACCACUAGUGGGUAAAACUGACCCAUAUGCCAACGUACCAGUAGAAAUUAUUGAUGAUGACAGUUAUGCGGAUUUCUUAAGAAAUAUUCCAAAACUGCCAAAAGUGACACCGUCAUCGACCAGUCAUUAGACUGUUAGGGUGGAUACUACGACGGAAAAAGAUGAAAGAGUCGUAACUAUAGAAGAAGCUGAAGAUGUGACAAGUAUCAAAAGUUGUUCUUUAAAAAAAUGUAUGUAUAAUUUUUUCUUUAUAUGUAAUGGUUGUUAAUAAAGAUGCUUUCCAGUGA